CAAUUCUCUCAAUGAAAAUGCUCUUAGAAGAGAAAAAUAGAGAACCGAAAUAAUAACGCAACUUCUUUUCGUAUUUUUUAAAGCAUCUAUUUAUCAGAUACAGUACCGCAGCUGAGCAACGAAAGGUGGCAAAUAUCUGAUCAUAUAUUUUUGGUGGUUUAUAACGUAUAAAAACAUUUUGCUAGCGCUUCUCCAGAUUGUAUUAGUAUUAUGAUUACGACCCCGGAGAUCUGAAAAUGAAUUAUCCUAAACUAGAACUAGACGUGUCCACAGUUAUUGUACGUGGUUAUAUCAAGGCAGUGCAUAGGCAUGUACAGCUCUCUAAAAUAAUAGGAACUGAGUAAGACAAAGUAUGGUCAAACCUGAAAAAAAAGGAACUAAACAAAACAACGCACGUGUCCCUUCGUCAGCGAACAAACAACAGAAAAAACAGAAUAAGCAUUUUUUAAAAAAAAUAGUUCUUAGCUGAGAAAUAGUUUCCGGAAGGGCAGCAAAAGAAUUGUACAUUGUUGGCACACAUCACAUUAACGUAUUGCUAACUAAGUCAUCGAGUCCAGAGUUAUCCCAAAUGGUGGUUCGCGAGCCUCACAUUGCCGGUCUGCACAACAUGAAUAUUAAUGGUCAAAUAAAAAGAAACUAUAUAGAAAAAAUCGGGCAAUUUCAAAACGUGUCCACGGGUCCCACAUUCUUAAAAGCUUGGUAAACAUUUAUCUAAUCGACCUACUCAUCACUACCCUCAGUGCUAAUGAAGUCAUUUUAUUUCUUUCCUUUUGUCCAAUUCAUCUAUUGAAAACAUGUUCCUCUAGACUCCAGGAACGCUCAGCCAACAGUCAAAACGUGAGGACUGAAUAAAUUAACCUUAAAAUCGACUUGAGACCACCUACGUGUCAGAUUAUUUAGGUAUUGGUGUCCUUUGGUGACUUCCAUUGCUCGUGACAUUUUUCAUAAAUGAUUCCCUUCGCUUCCACACCAGGGUUGUCCGAGUGAACAGUGACCAGAGAGAUGUCGACCAGUUUACCGAUCACACCCCGUCUGAAGAGCACCACGUCCAGCUUCCUGAAACUCUCGGGGAAAAACGUCCUCAGCUACACCGACCACGCUUGGCUUUGGUCUGCGCUGUUCUUUACAGUCAUCGCCAGCAUAGUGGUAAGUGGUCAGUGUGUGGCCAGCAUCGUGGUAAGUGGUCAGUGUAUGGCCAGAAUAGUGGUAAGCAGCCAGUUCACUUUAAAGUGCUGUCAGUGUAUCGCCAGCACAGUCGUAAGCAACCAGUUCACUUGGAAGUGCUUUCAGUGUAUCGCCAGCACAGUCGUAAGCAACCAGUUCACUUUGAAGUGCUGUCAGUGUUUACUCAACUAUACCGUCACUUUAGUGAAUGCCCCUCGUGACGUUACUGUUUGUUGCCUGUUACUAUUAAUUCUCUGUAUUACACUGACACUUUACUGUGUGUUUGCAGCAAAGGAAUGUUUAUAUUAGUGUAGUUUUUUUUUUUUUUUUGUUGUUGUUUUUUUUGUUACCUUAUCUACCGUUAAUAUCAUCACUGAAUUUUUGCGCCAUCAAGUAAAUGUCUUUGAUAAAUAUUUUAAUUUUUGAAAACUUUGCAAAAAAUUAUAUAUUUAAAUUACUAUUAAUUCUCUGUAUUACACUGACACUUUACUGUGUGUUUGCAGCAAAGGAAUGUUUAUAUUAGUGUAGUUUUUUUUUUUUUUUGUUGUUGUUUUUUUUGUUACCUUAUCUACCGUUAAUAUCAUCACUGAAUUUUUGCGCCAUCAAGUAAAUGUCUUUGAUAAAUAUCUUAAUUCUCGAAAACUUAGCAAAAAAUUAUAUAUUUAAGACAAGUACUAUGAUUAUAAGACACAGUACACAGAUGUGUAGGAGCCUUAAUGAUCAACUUAUCGAUCAGGGGCCCACAAAAUAUAGAAGAGGGGAAGACACAGAACACUUUAUAUAUAUACAUACAUAUAUAACCCUUGCACCAACAGGGAAUUUGUACAGCCAAGAAAGGCGUCAGUGGAUUCUUCUUCGCCAACCGAAAUCUACGAUUUCUUCCGGUAAAAAAUAUGAUUUAUUUAUUUUAGUUUGUUUGUUAUUAUUGACGUCGUACUGUUACUAAAAUCGUGCGAUUGUUCUUUGAUGAUAGAGAAGUCAUUGGGGAAAGCGGCGGCAUUGUGAGAUGAUGUGGCAAUGCGUGGAGGGUGGAAUUAUGAGAUGAUGUGGCAAUGGGUGGACGGUGGAAUUGUGAGAUGAUGUGGCAAUGGGUGGAGGGUGGAAUUAUGAGAUGAUGUGGCAAUGGGUGGACGGUGGAAUUGUGAGAUGAUGUGGCAAUGGGUGGAGGGUGGAAUUAUGAGAUGAUGUGGCAAUGGGUGGACGGUGGAAUUGUGAGAUGAUGUGUCAAUGGGUGGAGGGUGGAAUUGUGAGAUGAUGUGCCAAUGGGUGGAGGGUGGAAUUAUGAGAUGAUGUGGCAAUGGGUGGACGGUGGAAUUGUGAGAUGAUGUGUCAAUGGGUGGAGGGUGGAAUUGUGAGAUGAUGUGUCAAUGGGUGGAGGGUGGAAUUGUGAGAUGAUGUAGCAAUGGGUGCGGGGGGGGGGCACUGUGAGAUAAUGUGGCAAUAGGUUGGGUGGCAUUGCGAGAUAAUGGGACAAUUGGUUGGGUGGCAUUAUGAGAUACUACGAAACGAAUAAAACAAAGUAAGGUUAAACCUGAAAAAAGGAACGCAAGAAAAUAACGAACGUGUCGGCAGGAAGCCUCCGUCAGCAAACAAACAGAAAAAAACAGAAUACAAUUUUAAAAAUAUAGCACUUAGCUGAGAAGUAGUAUUCGAGAGGGCAGCAAAUGAAUAGUGCAAUGGGUUUAACUGUAAGAUAAUGUGGCAAUGGUUUUAACUGUAAGAUAAUGUGGCGAUGGGUUUAACUGUAAGAUAAUGUGGCAAUUGGUUAAACCCUGAGAUAAUGUGGCAAUGGGUUUAACUGUAAGAUAAUGUGGCAAUGGGUUUAACUUUAAGAUAGUGUGGCAAUGGGUUUAACUGUAAGAUAAUGUGGCAAUGGGUUUAACUGUAAGAUAGUGUGGCAAUGGGUUUAACUGUAAGAUAAUGUGGCAAUGGGUUUAACUGUAAGAUAAUGUGGCAAUGGGUUUAACUGUAAGAUAGUGUGGCAAUGGGUUUAACUGUAAGAUAAUGUGGCAAUGGGUUUAACUGUAAGAUAAUGUGGCAAUGGGUUUAACUGUAAGAUAAUGUGGCAAUGGGUUGGAGGGCAUUGCGAAUGGAUGUGCGCCAACUUCGGGGGGGGGGGAAUUCUCACAUGAAAAGGAAACUUUAGAAGUUAUAACAGUUUUGUUGAAUCGCCCACAUGACCUUCACCCCCAAUAUGCCACAUUUAAUUCCCAAUACCUCACAGGGCAGGAGGGCUACAAGCGUUCGCCAAUAUUUAAAUCAGAAAUGUUUGAAUUUCUUGACCUCCAGGUCGCCUGUUCCAUGUUCAUGGCUAAUAUUGGCAGCGCCCAUUUUGUGGGGAUGGCUGGUCUGGCAAGUCACAGUGGCAUCACGAAUUUCGCCUACGAGCUCAAUGUUGGUGACGUGUUGUGCAUAUUUCAAUUCGUUCAAACUAUUUCCUUACUUUAUUAUCUUAUUAAUUAACUGAAAGUGUUUAGCUAGAUCUUUGUUUUCAUUAUAUUAUAUAAAACAUGUUGCUCUAUAAAAAAAAUUUAGACACUGAAGAUUUUAAAAAAAAUAUUCACAGUGUUAUAUGGGCGGAGCAAUAAGAAUGUCAGGACUUGCCUUACCACGUUAACUCAAGGGCAGAUCUUAAAGAAAUGAUGUAUCAUUAUAGAAUGAAAUAGAUUGUAGGACUCGGAGACUAGAAUAAAAAAAACAGAAUACUUCGCAUAGUGAUCGCGAUGCUAGUAAAUAAAAUCCUAUCCUCACGACCAGGUGAAGGAAAGAAGAUAGAAGUUGGAAGAACAAAAAUGAUCUUAAAGUCAAGCGAUUACUUAAGAACACCACACAAGACAAGAGUGGCACUACAGUCAUAAUUAAUUCUAAUUGCGACACUUCUUACGAUUCAUACGUACCACACUAGUGUGCAUCUGUUGCAAAGGCCUUAUGCGAAAUACGGUUAGUAGAGCCAAACUGGACAGCGGUGGGCCACUCAGACAAAGUUGCAAAGCGACCACGCCAAGAACAGAGGGAUUAUGGGAUUCUGUGGGUACAUUACUUUUAAGCGGAAACAAUCUAUGAUCAGAUUUAUUUACGCGUCCCAACAUAUGUGGGACAUCUAUGUGACCUCGACACCACAUGGCAUGAACAUCAUGCUCUCCUUGACUUGUUACUUUUUUGUUUGUUCGCCCCCUAAUUUUUACAACCAAUCACCGUGUACGUCCUUUCCUUAUAUUUUUACACCCCCCCCCAAACCUUUUUGCCUGUAUUAAUUAAUUCUCUUACCUACUCCUAGUUUAACUACAUUCCUCUUGUUCUGGGAUACAACAUUUCAGUCAAGAUUUUAUUUUUUGUUAUAUUUGCUCCUCUCUGUUUGUGAUGUGCGCAGACGAAGGCGUCUUGCCGGCACGUUCGUUGUUUGGUUGUGUUCUCCCCCCCCCAGAUUUUCCCCCGUAUCUGUUUUGUCAUAUUGCCUGCAUAUUGGUUUCUUCCUAUGAUCAAUGGUUAUUCAAACUCUUAAAGACCUAACGUUGUCGACGUGACUACUCUUUUCAGGCUACGUUUGCGUUCAUAAUUCUUGGCUGGAUCUUCUUGCCAGUGUACAUAGCAUCUGGGGUAAGUCAUCACACGUCGUGACUUUAUGUCAAAUACUUUCUCAUACCGUAGCGAUUAUUUCCCUGGGUUUUCACAUUUGUCACUAAUCAAAGUUACCCUUGCUCAUAUGAAGCAUUCUCAUUUUCUUGUUCACGUAGCUCUAAAAUUAGGACUGCAUAAAAAUGUAUGAGACUGUGCUUGGCGUGUGUAUCAAAUACAAUUUGACUAAAUCAAUCUCGGCAAAAAUAAUUCCUUGUGGUACAUCAAGCUUCACACAGUCGGGGGAGGCGGAGCAUAUAAGAGGUUGGUACCUCUGUCCACCUUUCAGAAAAAAUGCAAGGCAGACAAAUGAUUUAAACAUCAGUGUGUAGCAUCCUUUCACUCCCAUCAAGUCUCUAACGACCAUCUUCUCCCCCAUCCUGGCCCUAACGACCAUCUUCUCUCCCAUCCAGGCCCUGACGACCAUCUUCUCUCCCAUCCAAAGCCUGAAAACCAUAUUGUCUCCAAUCCAGUCCCUUCACAACCAUCUUAUUUUCCAGUUAAUGAAUAAUGGCUGUGUUGCUCCGGGUUGAAAUGGCUAGAAAGACUUUGAGAUUGUAUGCUUGUAAUUAGUUUUUGUAGUGUUGCGUUUGUUUUAAAUGUGGUAAAUUAUAGAUAUGUUUUUUGUUGACUUUGUACCGCGCUUCGAGCCUUUGGGGAUGAAGCGUGUUUUUGAAAUGAACUUUAUUAUUAUUAUUAUUAUCUUAUCUCCCAUCCAGUCCCUAACAACGAUCUUAUCUCCCACCCAGUCCCUUCACAACCAUCUUAUCUUCCACCCAGUCCCUUCACAAAUAUCUUAUCUCCCAUCCAGUCCCUUCACAACCAUCUUAUCUUCCACUCAGUCCCUUCACAACUAUCUUAUCUCCAACCCAGUCCCUUCACAACCAUCUUAUCUUCCAUCCAGUUCCUAACAACCAUCUUAUCUCCCAUCCAGUCCCUUAUCAACCAUCUUAUCUCCCAUCGAGUCCGUGACAAACAUCUUAUCUCCCAUCCAGUCCCUUAUCAACCAUCUUAUAUCCCAUCCAGUCCCUGACAAACAUCUUAUCUCCCAUCCAGUCCCUUAUCAACCAUCUUAUCUCCCAUCAAGUCCGUGACAAACAUCUUAUCUCCCAUCCAGUCCCUUAUCAACCAUCUUAUCUCCCAUCCAGUCCCUGACAAACAUCUUAUCUCCCAUCCAGUCCCUGACAACCAUCUUAUCUCCCAUCCAGUCCCUAACAACCAUCUUACCUCCCAUCCAGUCCCUAACAACCAUCUUAUCUCCCAUCCAGUCCCUAACAACCAUCUUCUCUCCCAUCCAGUCCCUAACAACCAUCUUCUCUCCCAUCCAGUCCCUAACAACCAUCUUGUCUCCCAUCCAGUCCCUAACAACCAUCUUGUCUCCCAUCCAGUCCCUGACAACCAUCUUCUCUCCCACCCAGUCCCUAACAACCAUCUUCUCUCCCAUCUAGUCCCUAACAACCAUCUUCUCUCCCAUCCAGUCCCUAACAACCAUCUUCUCUCCCAUCCAGUCCCUAACAACCAUCUUCUCUCCCAUCCAGUCCCUGAAAACCAUCUUCUCUCCCAUCCUGUCCUUGACAACCAUCUUCUCUCCCAUCCAGUCCCUGACAACCAUCUUCUCUCCCAUCCAGUCCCCUAACAACCAUCUUCUCUCCCAUCUAGUCCCUGACAACCAUCUUCUCUCCCAUCCAGUCCCUAACAACCAUCUUCUCUUCCAUCCAGUCCCUGACAACCAUCGACUACCUCAAGAAACGUUUCGGUGGUCUGCGCCUCGAGCUUUACCUGGCAACGCUCUCCCUGGUGUUGAUCGUCUUCACAAAGACUUCGGUAGGUUCAAAACAAGCAUGUUGACACAUUCGUCUUUUGAUGAAGCAGCGAAACAAAAUUUUAAGUAUAAAUAUCUCAUAUAUCUAAAAAUAGUUUUUGUUAUUGUUUGAUGUUUCGUAGCCCUUCUAUUCUGAUAUCAUUGUAACUUCAUCUAUUUGUAUCAACUUGUCAGAAUGAGCAUGGCCUGGGCUGAUAUCUUAGUUCUUUUCAGAUAGGGGUUAGCAACUAAUUUCUCAUUUGGCCGUGUAAUAACAGUAAGUCCAAAUCAAAUAUUAAAUUCUUUAUUGGCACGAACACCUCACAGAAUAAUCAAAUUCACACAUGACGACUAUGGCAACGAUUGAUUAAAUACAGUUCAUGAUAAAUCAAUUUCUAUUUAGGUUAUAACAUGACAAGUCACUCAUGCAUCGUGUCCCACGGAAAAAAAAUAGCUUUUUAACUGUUUUUUCUUGCUCUCCAAUAUGGUCGCUAAUAUAGUUCAUUACUACCUAUACUUAGAUACAUGUAUCCCUACUCUCACGAGACAUUGUGAUUUCAACUCAGCAAUGCAUCACCAUCAAAUAUCAUUAUGUUACGAUGUCAUUGCCACCGUACAAGAUAGCUCUCAUAUAAUAUAGAGGUAUACUGUCCAUUCGCCCUCUUCCCUUUUACCAGCCUAACUACUACCAUCUUUUUAAAAUGUGACCUAUAAAAUUGAAGACGAUAUAAAUUAAUGCGCCACUAAUGCGUUUACCUGCACCAAUGUGCACAGGUGGAGCUGUACGCCAUUUUCAAACUGUUGGAAGCCAUUUUCGGCCGCGUGGAUUUCCGGACGGUGUGUAUCCCUCCGCUCGUGUGGUCAGUAUUUGUCACGUGUUCAGGUGAGUUGAACUGCUCUAAAAAUGAACACGACUGCGCGCUAACUGAAAUAUAUCAUACCGCGGACCGGCAUGAACUUAUCUCGGACAUUGACAAUAGAAUACUAGGCUAAGCAUCGACUUAUCUCAAGUACUGACAACAGAAUACUCGGCUAAGCACCGACUUAUAUCAGGUACUGACAACAGAAUACUAGGCUAAGCACCGACUUAUCUCAGAUACUGACAACAGAAUACUAGGCUAAGCACAGACUUAUCUCAGAUACUGACAACAGAAUACUAGGCUGAGCACCAGCAUAACUCAGAUACUGACAACAGAAUACUAGGCUAAGCACUGACUUAUCUCAGACAUUGACAACAAAAUACUAGACUUAGCACUGACUUAUCUCAGAUAUUGACAACAAAAUACUAGACUUAGCACUGACUUAUCUCAGAUAUUGACAACAGGUUAUUAGGCUAAGCCUUGACCAUUAGUUUAACAUGUACUGAUCUCUGCUGACCAACAGUGUACCAUCUAUUAGCGCUAAGAUCGCCACUUACUGACAAAUACCAACAGUGUACCAUCUAUUAGCGCUAAGAUCACCACUUACUGACAAAUACCAACAGUGUCUUAUUGUAAUGACCAUGAUUUCCUACUGACCAACUAUCCAUCACGUACUGCUCACCAUGUUGUAAACCACCCACAGGUCCACAGUCAUAUGGGUCCUGACCAUUCAUGUAUCACAUAUAAACCACACGAAAGUUAACUAUGUUCUGACCGGUAUACCAUCAAUCCACUAAGGUUUAGUUUGCCUUAACCUCAAAUGGCUGUAUAUCUCGUUUGGUUCACUGCACUAACCUUGCACACAGACUUCUCCGGGCAGUUCGGAGGUGUUAACCUCGGAUGGUCGCUAAUCUCAGAGAUUGAAGACCUCUGACGUCAGGCUGUACCAUCCACUUAAGUUCCCUUGGGCUCAUCAGCUGCGCAAGGGUUUGUUUUUGUUUUUUUUGUUUUUUUUGCAGGGGGGGUUGUCCUCAGGGUUUCUUUCAGCUAUAUCUCCGGGGGGCAGUGCCCCCCCGGGGAAAGCCAAGUGCCUCCCGGAGCAAAAUUACCAAAUUAUAUCCAACAAUAAAUCAAAUGGCACACCACCCCCCCCCCCCCCCCCAAACCGAAACAAUCUGAAGUGUCCCCGGGGAAAAAUUUCUGAAAUAAUGACUGGUUGUCCUGCUGAUUUGGAACCAGCUAUAAGCUCUCCACAAAGGCGCCUAGCUCAACCCUCCCCCAUUGUUUCGCACCUUCCGGCGCUAACCACACCAUUGUCACCUUGAGCCGAACAGAUGCCCCCAAAAAACUAUUGACUCAAACAAACAAAAACUAUUCCGACCAGUCAACACACAUUUCUAGGACUCUAGCCAAGGAACUCGAUUUUUAUAAAGGGAAAAAUGUGAGAAAUAUUGUCUUUUUUAAAAAUAAGACAGAAAUGAAAAUUGUGGUAUCUAUUUAGACUCACCACAUGUCUAUUUAGACUCUCCCGUCUGUUUAGACUCACCCGUCUAUUUAGACUCUCCCGUCUGUUUAGACUCAGCUGUCUAUUUAGACUCACCUGUCUAUUUAGACUCACCUGUCUAGCACAUUUUAACUCCUGAAUGUUUGACGUCUUUUGUCACUAGGUGGCCUACAGGCUGUCGUCUACACUGACACGGCCCAGGCCUUCGUCUUGUUCAUAGGAGCUGGAUUUAUCUCCUACUACAGUGAGUAUUUUCCCUUGGUUUACCUCCUACUACAGUGAGUAUUUUCCCUUGAUUUAUCUCCUACUACAGUGACUAUUUUCCCUUGGUUUACCUCCUACUACAGUGAGUAUUUUCCCUUGAUUUAUCUACUACUACCGUGACUAUUUUCCCUUGGUUUACCUCCUACUACAGUGAGUAUUUUCCCUUGAUUUAUCUCCUACUACAGUGACUAUUUUCCCUUGGUUUACCUCCUACUACAGUGAGUAUUUUCCCUUGAUUUACCUCCUACUACAGUGACUAUUUUCCCUUGAUUUACCUCCUACUACAGUGACUAUUUUCCCUUGAUUUACCUCCUACUACAGUGACUAUUUUCCCUUGAUUUACCUCCUACUACAGUGAGUAUUUUCCCUUGAUUUAUCUACUACUACCGUGACUAUUUUCCCUUGGUUUACCUCCUACUACAGUGAGUAUUUUCCCUUGAUUUACCUCCUACUACAGUGACUAUUUUCCCUUGGUUUACCUCCUACUACAGUGAGUAUUUUCCCUUGAUUUACCUCCUACUACAGUGACUAUUUUCCCUUGAUUUACCUCCUACUACAGUGAGUAUUUUCCCUUGAUUUAUCUACUACUACCGUGAGUAAAGGUCCCUGAUUUUCAAAUGCUACAGGUAGUCACCUGUGUUAUUUCAGUUCCACCCCCCCCCCUUUUUUUUAAAAAUCUCAUGCUUAUAGGAGUACAAUACUUAGAGAGAGUAAAAAUAUAUUUUAAUAGCCACUAACCUUUCCUUGUAAAAAUUUAAAAAAUAAAAAUAAUAAUUUUUAAAAAUUUACAUUGUUUUGAGUAGCGAUGACGUGAAUGGAAACAUGAAUGGCAGAAGUCCCCCCCCCCCCCUUUUUUACCCCCCCCCCCCGCCACCCCGAUCCCUCCAGUUCAGCCCCUAUGUAUUCUUCCCUGUGCAUUUUUAAUGGCAUACUACUUAUGAGGGAUUUCAAAGAGAAUACUGCCAACUGACUGAGAAAGCGCAAUGCGUGACUCUGGGCGUGGCUUACUUGGUACUUGGAACAUGUCACAGCUUACCUCACAUCCGAUGAACACAUGGUCGAAAAACUGGCCCUUUAACUGACGGGAAGCUCGGGGGGGGGGUGUGCCUCUAACAUGGCCAGGCUUUAAACGGUCGUCUGACAGAGCAAGCGCCAACAAUCUGACAUCACCUUGUGUAGCACGUGUGACCAACUGUGUGACCCCAAACUAUCCCUGACCCUUGACCCCAGCUACAUGAGUACCUCAUCUCCCCUGUCGUCUUUAGGAGGAUAUAAAAGAUUUCUAUUUCCAGCCUUGGGCCAAUUUGAAUCUUAUGACUUCAUGAGAGAGAAAUUCUUCGAGGCUUGGCCAAAUACAACAAAACUUCACUUCGGAGACGAUUCAUCUUACCCGUAAGUCAACCGGUGUUUGAUUGAUCUUUCAAUUUUUACAGAACAAUUUAAAGCCCCCCCCCCCCUUUUUUUUUUCUCCCCCCCCCGCACACACCAGAUAUACGUGAUUGCUCUCUGCUCCCAUUCCCACCAGGUACACGUGAUUGCUCUCUCCUCCCAUCCGCACCAGGUACACGUGAUUGCUCUCUGUUCCUCUCUGUUCCCCAUCCCUACCAGGUACACCUACUGUGGCAUACCGAAAGCGUUAUCCUGGAACAUGUUUCGCAGUUACAGCAACACCGAUCUGCCGUGGCCUGGGAUGGUCUUUGGCAUCAUGAUCAGCGCCAUCUGGUACUUCUGCUGUGAUCAGGUCUGUAGCAGGCCUUAGCUUAGAAAACAUGGGCGUGACCAACUAUUUCAGUUAACAAACAUCGCGAUGCACACCUAUUUCAAACAUCGCGAUGUUAGAAGUCCUGCUCUCCCUGUACUGAAUGUAAGGUACAUAUAUGACGAUUUUUUAUAUGAACUACACUGACCUAUGAGGUGGGUUUGUUUUUUGUUUUCUUGAAGUUAGAAGACCGAUAUUGAAGAAAAGUAGAUACAUUUUGAUGUCAGGAUACCUUUUGUAAACGUUAGAGGGUGUAUUUAUUUAUGUUUGGAGCUGGGGUGUUGAGCAGAUACUAAGAGUUAGGUUGCAAUUCUCAGAUACUAAGGUUUAGGUUGCAAUUCUCAGAUAGGUUGCAAUUCUCAAAUACUAAGAUUUAGGUUGCAAGUCUCAAAUACUAAGAUGUAGGUUACAAUUCUCAGAUAGGAUGCAAUUCUCGGAUACUAAGAUUUAGGUUGCAAUUCUCAAAUACUAAGAUUUAGGUUGCAAUUCUCAGAUACUAAGAUUUAGGUUGCAAUUCUCAUAAACUAAGAUUUAGGUUGCAAUUCUCAUAUACUAAGAGUUAGGUUACAAUUCUCAUAUACUAAGAUUUAGGUUGCAAUUCUCAAAUACUGUGGAGAGUUCGGACCACGACGGCGCCGGACGCUUCAGAUCUCACAGCAGGGUACCGGCCAUCUGACCAGGGUAUUUCCCUGGGACGACUGGUUGGUAACCUGGCGCCGACUAAUCAAAGGGGCGGGGGAUAGUGCGCCGACUGAUCAAAGGGGCGGGCGCGAGUACAGACCUGGGAAGAAACUCUAUUGACCAGGGACUUAUAAAUAGGGACCUCUGGACAGGACUAGACAGAAUGCGGCCGGAUAGAGAAGCAGACAGUCAGGGAGAGCUCUGACGGUAUGAGAAGAGGGUAGUCAGAGUUGCGAGAUGAGAGAAAGUAUAAGCUAAGUGUCAGCUCAAUAAAGAACAAGAUUAUAAUCAUCAGAUGUUAUCGCUUGAGUUGUUUCCUUAGUGAAUGCCAGAUAUAGAUGAAGGUUAGCAGAGAGCAAGCAAGGUUUCCUUACAAUACUAAGAUUUAGGUUGCAAUUCUCAGAUACUAAGAGUUAGGUUGCAAUUCUCCUUUACUAAGAUUUAGGUUGUAAUGCUCAAUUUCCUCAAUGCUCUUAAUGUCCCUAAUGUCCCAAAUGUCCCUAAUGUCCCCAAUGUCCCUAAUGUCCCUAAUAUCCCUAAUGUCCCCAAUGUCCCUAAUGCCCUAAAUGUCCUCGUCUCCAGCUGAUUGUCCAGUUCGGACUGGGUGCCAAGAAUAUCGUCCAUGCAAAGUGGGCGUGCCUCCUAACGUCGUACGGCAAAAUUCUCACCAUCUUGUUCCUUAUUUUUCCUGGAAUAGUGGCCAGGAUUUUGUACACAGGUAAAUAGAACAUGUUCCCUUGGUGGCCAGGAUUUUGUAGAUAGGUAAAUAGCAUAAGUUCCCGUAGUGGCCAGGAUUUUGUACAUUGAUAAAUAGAAUAAGUUCCCAUAGUGGCCAGGAUUUUGGACACAGGUAAAUAGAUCAUGCUCCCUUGGUGGCCAGGAUUUAGUAGAUAGAUAAAUAGAAUAAGUUCCCAUAGGGGCCAGGAUUUUGUACAUUGGUAAAUAGAAUAAGUUCCCAUAGUGGCCAGGAUUUUGGACACAGGUAAAUAGAUCAUGCUCCCUUGGUGGCCAGGAUUUUGUAGAUAGGUAAAUAGCAUAAGUUCCCAUAGGGGCCAGGAUUUUGUAGAUAGGUAAAUAGAAAAAGUUCCCAUAGUGGCCAGGAUUUUGGACACAUGUAAAUAGAUCAUGUUCCCUUGGUGGCCAGGAUUUUGUAGAUGGGUAAAUGGCAUAAGUUCCCAUAGGGGCCAGGAUUUUGUAGAUAGGUAAAUAGAAAAAGUUCCCAUAGUGGCCAGGAUUUUGGACACAGGUAAAUAGAUCAUGUUCCCUUGGUGGCCAGGAUUUUGUAGAUGGGUAAAUAGCAUAAGUUCCCAUAGUGGCCAGGAUUUUGUAGAUAGGUAAAUAGAAUAAGUUCCCAUAGUGGCAUUGAAUUUGUGUGUGUGUGAAUAUAUAUAUAUAUAUAUAUUGAUAUACAUAUAUAUAUAUAUAUAUAUAUAUAUAUAAAUUGAUAUACAUAUAUAUUGAUAUACUUAUACAAAUCCAUUGUACGUGUCACAAGCAAUUUAAAUUGGAGGCAUCGAAUAGAAUAUUCACACUCAAUAAUAACAACGGAGGAGUUCGGGGAUAUGUGAGUGUUAUGCCGUUGGGACAUGACUUUUAUUGUGGGUUGUCGUAUGUCAUUUAUUCAAAGAAAAGUGACGUUAGAGUUCACUGCCAUCGCUGUAAUGAUGUCAUGUGUCGGCAGCACUAAAUGAUGAAUAGGUAGCACUACAUAUGAUGGGUGGGUAGUACUACUUGAUUGGUGGGCAGCACCACAAGAUGGGUGGAAAGUACUACUUGAUUGGUGGGCAGCACUAAUUGAUAGGUGGGCAGCAGCACAUAAUGGGCGGGUAGUACUACUUGAUUGGUGGGCAGCACUACAAGAUGGGUGGGUAUAACUACUUCAUUGGUGUCGAGCGUUAAAUGGUAGGUGGGAAGCACUACAUGAUGGGUGUCAAGUACUACUUGAUUGGUGGGCAGCACUGCAUGAUCGGUGGGAAGCAUUAUGUGAUGGGUGCGAAGCACUGCAUGAUGGGUGUGAAGCACUGCAAGAGGGGUGGGAAGCACUACAUGCUGGGUAGGAAGCAUUGCAUCAUUGGUGGUCAGCACUACAUGAUGUGUUGGUAGCACUGCAUGAUAGGUGGGAAGCACUGCAUGAUGGGUGGGCAGCACCGCAUGAUGGGUGGGCAGCACUACAUGAUGGGUGGGAAGUACUACUUGUUUGAUGGGCAGCAUUACGUGAUGGGUGGGCAGCCCUACAUGAUGUGUUGGCAGCACUGCAUGAUAAGUGGGAAUCACUGCAUGAUGGGUGGGCAGCACCGCAUGACGGGUGGGCAGCACUACAUGAUGGGUGGGAAGUACUACUUGUUUGAUGGGCAGCACUACGUGAUGGGUGGGCUGCACUACAUGAUGGGUGGGAAGCACUGCAUGAUGGGUGGGCAGCACUACGUAAUAGGUGGGCAGCACUACAGGAUGGGUGGGCAGUGCUAUCAUUAAUUUAAAUACAACGCGAUUCAAUGACCAAAGAUUUCAAAUACAAUCACAGUUGUGUAGUAACAAAUCUUUCAUAACAUUAAACAGUAGAGUGUCUGAUCACUUUCAUUGUCACUACGUCACGUAGUUUGUUGUUGUUGUUGUUGUGUUUUUGUUUUUUUGUUUUUUUUGUGUAGAUGGGAGAAUUGUUUCUAUGACGUCACAAAUAUUCCUUAUUUCUGUGCUCAAUGAUUUUUUUUUUUAAAUACUAUUUUCGUUCAUUUUGUAGACAUCGUAGCUUGUGCUGACCCGACUGUAUGUCAGAAUACGUGCAAGUCUCGAAAUGGCUGCUCCAACCUGGC